AUGGAUUCUUAUCCAUUUUCUUCUCACUCAAAGUUUGUUGAACUAUUUAGUCAACAAACUCUUUUCUUUGGUAACAAUGAAGAUAGUGUUGAACUAUCUUCAUCACAAAUUCCAUUUCAAAGUAGUCUUGGGACCGAUGCUUCAAACUAUGGGGGAGACACUGCGGCGGAGUGUAAAGGAAGACGCAAAUGGACACCAACGGAUGACGUGGUCCUGAUCAGUUCGUGUUUAAACACGAGCAAGGAUCCAGUGGUUGGGAACGAGAAAAAAUCCUCCGAUUUUUGGAAAAGGAUAGCUGCCUACUUCGCUGAUAUUCCUCUGGUUGCUGCUGGCUGUGAAGAGAGAGAGCCAAACCAUUGCAAGCAACGAUGGCACAUGAUCAAUGACCUUGUGUCAAAGUUCUGUGGCUCGUACGAAGCGGCUACUAGAGAGAAAACGAGCGGCCAGAACGAGACUGAUGUCCUCAAGCUUGCUCAUCAAAUCUUCUACAACAACUACAAGCAGAGAUUCACUCUUGAACACGCUUGGAAGGAACUGCGCCACGACCAGAAGUAG